AGCUCAGGCUCCCCUUAAACCUGGCUGCUUAGCCUGUCUCCUGGGCAGAUGUUACAACUUUCUGCCUUCCUCGCCAGUCUUUUCAGGAAGGAACUUUCUCUCUUUCCCCCUCUGGCUCUGCUCUCAUCACUCGGGUUGCAGUUUGAGCAAAGCUAAGCAGGGAACUUCCAGAGCUCUUUGUCCAGUUCUGAAAAACUUCAGGGAUUCUUGAGGGAGCUCAUUUGGAAGAAGGGGAAAGGGGAAAGGAAAAACAAAACAGAACAAGGGAAGGAAGAAAGGAGAAUAAUGGUGAUCUGGUCUUGCCAAGAAAUAUUUUCAGUGCAAACUGUGAAGAAGGGAGAGCCUGACUCAGCAGCUGUGGGCUUGAACUUUGGCUCCAUCUUGCAUUGGGGUUUACAUAAAAAGAAUGUAUUCUGCUAAGACAGGGCUCAAUGAGCCAUUUGGCUAGCCCGGCGUUCCAACAUCUGAACGGGACAAGAAUCCAGCGUGAUCUCUAUCUGGUUUUGGGUAGUUGUAUUAAAAACAAGACAUUGCAGCACUUUUGGAAACUAAAUAACAUCCCAGAGGAAAUUAACUUUAUGGUGCAUGUGUCUUUGACUGUAUCAGCUUGAAGAUUAUUUUCUUUUUACUGAAAACAGCUCUACAGCACUGGUGGAUUUAAUUACUUCUUUUUCUUUUUUUUAAAGAGAGAGAGAGAGAGAGAGAGAGAGAGAGAGUUGUUUCUAUAAAACUUGCCAAAGGAAUUUGAAAGAACAGUCCCGAGGGUGGGAGGGUAGAUUGCGAUUUUUUUUGGAGGAGGAAGAGAUCUCCUAUUCCUCUUUCUCAGUGGAAGAUGCUUGGACAAUAACCUCCCUUAGAAGUGUGAAUGCUUGGUCCAGCAUGGCUGUUUAUGCUCUCACAGGUUUCUCACUAGUUAGCCUGCUUAGUUUUGGCUACUUGUCCUGGGACUGGAUGAAACCCAGUUUGGUAAGGGACUUUUCCAUGGACCCAAUGGAGAAAUCGCUCCCUCCUGCCUUCUCCAGACCACCUCACAUCAUCUUCAUUCUGACUGAUGACCAGGGGUACCAUGAUAUCGGAUACCAUGACUCAGACAUACAGACACCAAUGCUAGACAGGCUAGCAGCCGAAGGAGUUAAACUGGAGAAUUAUUACAUCCAGCCCAUCUGUACCCCAUCCAGGAGCCAACUUAUAACGGGCAGGUACCAGAUCCACACGGGCCUUCAGCACUCCAUCAUCCGGCCCCGGCAGCCCAACUGUCUGCCCCUGGAUCAGGUCACGCUGCCCCAAAAGCUGCAGGAAGCCGGCUACUCGACGCACAUGGUGGGCAAGUGGCACCUUGGCUUCUACAAAAAGGAAUGCCUGCCCACCCGGCGAGGCUUUGACACCUUUCUGGGCUCCCUGACGGGCAACGUGGAUUACUACACCUACGACAACUGCGACGGACCUGGCAUCUGUGGCUACGACCUGCACGAAGGUGAGAACGUAGCGUGGGACCAGAGCGGGAAGUACUCAACCUUCCUCUAUGCCCAGCGAGUGAACAAGAUCCUGGCCACCCAUAACCCCAAGGAGCCCAUCUUUAUUUAUGUGGCUUUCCAAGCUGUGCACACACCCCUGCAGUCCCCCAAAGAGUACAUCUACCGCUACCGCUCCAUGGGCAACGUGGCUCGGCGCAAAUACGCCGCGAUGGUGACGUGCAUGGAUGAGGCCGUGAGGAACAUCACCUGGGCACUCAAGAAGUACGGUUACUAUGACAACAGUGUGAUUGUGUUCUCCACGGACAAUGGCGGGCAGACGUUUUCCGGGGGAAGCAACUGGCCUCUGCGAGGCCGGAAAGGGACCUAUUGGGAAGGCGGGGUCCACGGCAUCGGCUUUGUCCACAGCCCCCUGAUCAAACGCAAGCGUAGGACCAGCUGGGCGCUGGUCCACAUCACAGACUGGUACCCAACGCUGGUGACCCUGGCUGGGGGCAACGUGUCUGAAGCCAAGGGCCUGGAUGGGUACAAUGUGUGGCCGGCCAUCAGUGAGGGCAAGGAGUCCCCGCGCACUGAAAUCCUACACAACAUUGACCCCCUCUACAACCACGCCAAGCACGGCUCCCUGGAGGGUGGCUUUGGCAUAUGGAACACAGCUGUGCAGGCCUCCAUACGGGUGAGGGAAUGGAAGCUUCUGACUGGUGAUCCUGGCUACAGCGACUGGAUCCCUCCGCAGAUGCUGACCAACUUCCCAGGGAGUUGGUGGAACCUGGAGCGGCUGACGGAUAGCAUGCACAAAUCCGUCUGGCUCUUCAACAUCUCGGCUGACCCCUACGAGCGCAACGACCUGUCGGACCAGCGGCCAGAUGUGGUCAGGGCUCUCUUGAGGAGGCUCGUCCACUACAACCGGACUGCGAUCCCGGUUAGAUACCCGGCCGAGAACCCCCGGGCCCACCCGGACUUCAACGGCGGUGCCUGGGGGCCGUGGGCCAGCGAGGAGGAAGCAGAGGAUUGGGAGGGAGGUGGUGGGCCGCUGAGAAAUAAAAACAAGAAGAAGAAGUGCAAGAUCUGCAAGCUGCGCUCCUUUUUCCGGAAGCUGAACACCAGGCUGAUGUCAAACCGCAUCUGAUUGGCUGCCGCAGAGCUCCAGACGCAGCUGCUCAAGGUGGGUGUUCCAAAUGGCCAGGACAAUGGGAGGGAGAGAGGCAGAUGGCCACAGAGACAGCAGCGCACUCUCACUUUCCCUUGCACCAAUGGACCCGCGCACAAGGCCAGCCAGGCACAAAAGCCCCUCGAUGCCUUUCCCUCCGGACUCCCCCAAACUGAGCAACCUGUAGGGAUAGCCAUCCGGUCUGCAAGGAGCAGGUGUCCAGGUUAGGGUGGGCGAGGGAGAGCGACGGGGGUCCUGCAAUCCUGUUCAGUGCACGUUACAUCGGUCGCAGGUUGUCGAGCUGUCCAGCCCGUUCCAGUGCAAAAGAAUUAAACUUGCCUUAAGCGAUCGACCCAGGGACCAGUUCAAACGCACCAUCCUGGGAGCAAAGCUUUAAACGCAGAUCAAACCGACAGUACUUGAAGCUGCAUGAGGAUGUUCUCAAGUGGUUCAUACGAGGAAGGCUGGCCUGCUGAAGGCUGCUCUCAGUUUUCCCUGAUUGUCUUGCUCUAUAAAAUGUGCUGUCACCUUAUGGAACCCUAGUGAGUGUGCCGCACCAUGUGCCCCUGCUGUGGGAAACCUGCCUCUCCUUUCUCACUCAGCCCCGACGACAGCUUUUCCCUUCUGAAGACUUUACGGCAGGUGGUAGCACAGUGAAGGCGAGGCGCACUUAGUUUUAUGUUGAUGGUCCCUGGCUCAGAGACCAGGCAGAGUCUGGGACGGCAAGAGAAUACUAUACCUAAUGGACACAAAGGCAAACAGACUGUAUAUGCACCUAGAUCAGCAUGGCUCUGUGGUGUGUUGGAGACACGUUUGCACUGAGAACUUGUGGGGCAUUAGCGGUUUCAGUAUAAAACAACCCCAGUUUACAUUCAUCUAUUGUACAGACUCAUGCAUGUACACCCACGUGGACACAUAUGUGUGGAUUCACUUACCCCCCCCCCCCCACCAAAAUGGGUUUGAAAGAAGGCAGCUCCCUGAUUCUCAACUCCCAGGGGUGUCCUCUGCCAGACAGCCACCCCCCACUCCGCCCCACACACACCUUUGCAGUGACAACAGAGCAGCUUUUCCUCAUGACCUUGCUGCCAUGUUGAUGCCAGCUCUGGAUCAGAGGACCAGGUCUCUCGGACACUUGCUCUGCGUGAUCUAUUUUCCAGGGUGUGCAUGGAUUCCCAGGGGAUCCACAAGGAGCUGGUGGCAAAUGUAGUGCAGCUUGACGAUGGGGAUGUAGGGAGGAAUGCAGGUGUGGGAUCAGUGUGUAGUAACACCUUGCUGGGCUGCAAACUGCAGGCAUCUCUUUUGUUUGUUUCCAAAGCAGAUCCUAACUCAAAAUAUUCUGAUGAUGUGUUUGCACCAGACAGGCACCCCCUGCUUCCCUGGCUGCUGAGUGAAUCUCCAUGCUUGCUCAGUCCUGCCAGCAAAGGGGAGAUACCAUACCGCCUUCCUUCCUUGGGAAUUUAACUGAGGAGAUCAUCUGAGGCCAGUCUUCUCUGAGCGCAACAGAGUGCAAAUUGCUGGUCCUCCACUUCUGCUUCCUUUUACUGCUGACCUUUCUGUGGCAUGUGUGAGAGAGAGUGUGUGCCCGCAUGUGCCACAGAAAGGGCUGGCCAGGAAGAAAGGGGGUAAGCGGCUUUAAAAGCAUCUUUAACAUGUGGUGCAUUUACAUUUACACAAUGCAUUUUACAUUUCUCCCCACAGGUUUCUCUUGGUGCAGCGUGUGUAGGCGACGGCCCUACUGUGAAUUUUGAAAAUAGUUAUUUUUGUCUCUGAAAAACGAGGCCUGUAGAGGCUUGUCAGCUUUUGGAUAAGCAGUGUGGGCCUUUUUGUUUUUUU